AUGUGCAGCAAUCUAGCAAGAAUCCAUGCGUUUCCUUUUGCAAUUCGGUAUUCCUCAAAACCCAGUUGCUUCAGCCAGUUCCCCUCGACUAAACCCUCGCUAAACCCUGCUUCCGCCCACUUCACUACCAAAGUUUCAUAUUGUUCUGAUUCUCAGUCCGCCAAAGCAAUCAACUUUCACCCGGUUUUAGGCAGCUAUUUUGGUGAUUCGGUGGAAGUGGGUAGUAGCAGGUGUUGGGGAAGAGGGGUUUCAGGUGGGUUUAGGAUUAGAAUUAGGAGUUUCUCUACUUCACAACGCCCACAACCGAGCAAUGGUAGAAGGAGUGCUGUUGUGAAAGAUGGAAAUUCGCUUCCUUGGUUGAGGUCUAACAGAGUGAAGGAGGGAGGGGGACCGGUGAAGGCUGUGAAUGAGAAGCGUAGCGUUUCUCCUUGGGAGAAAUCGCUGCAGAGUUUAGAGAAAGUUAGUGAUUCUACCCCGGAUGAAUCGUCCAGAAGAGUUGGAAAAGAGAGGGUGGAGAAGAAAACUCCUAACUACCCAUACCGCCAGGAGCGUGGUAGGAGGGUGGAGAACGACAGGGCAGGUAGAAGGCCAGCACGGUCUUCAUUUGGGGCUUAUGGGUCGGUAAGCAGAAACAAGCCGAGUAGUUUACCACCUAAAAGGGAACAUGUUAAGGAUUAUGCUCAUGAGGAUGAACAUGUUGAGGAAGAAGUAGAGGAGGAAACUGAGGUUGUUAAUGAUGAUCCUAGAUGGAAUAGCAUAAAGAGCAGGAUAGAGAGACCUGAGUUCCAAAGGUGGAAGAAUCAAGAGAACUGGGGGAGAAAGACAUGGAAAGAGGCCAAUACUGAAUCGACCUUGCCUAAAGUGGUUGGUGAAGGGGUUUAUGGUGUUGGUCCUGUUUUGGCUGCACUAUCUGCAGGAAGAAGGGAAUUUUAUGCCCUCUACGUUCAACAAGGGCUGGACAUGAGUAGUAAUAAUAGGAAGAAGAAGGACAAGAAAGGGUUCGAGAAAGUGCUGAAGAUGGCUGAGAAACUCGGACUAAGCAUAACCGAGGUUUCUAAGCAUGAUUUGAACAUGAUUGCUGAUAACAGGCCACAUCAGGGUCUUAUACUAGAUGCUUCUCCAUUAGAGAUGGUGCAAAUCAAGGAGUUGGAGCCGGUUCCCCCAGGUGAACAAGAGAGAGGAGGCUCACUUUGGGUUGCCCUAGAUGAAGUUACUGAUCCUCAGAAUUUGGGUGCCAUCAUUAGGUCUGCGUACUUCUUCGGCGUCUCAGGGGUAAUCCUAUGUGCUAAAAAUUCAGCACCACUGAGCGGUGUGGUGAGCAAAGCCAGCGCAGGAUCUCUUGAGCUGAUGGAGCUCAGGUACUGCAAGAACAUGAUGCAGUUCUUGGUCUUAUCAGCUGAGAACGGAUGGCGUGUCGUUGGGGGUUCAGUCUCCUCAAGAGCCGUUCCCUUGAACGAAAUUGCACCGGGUGAACCGACAAUCCUUGUGCUAGGAAGCGAGGGCACUGGAUUGAGGCCAUUGGUCGAGAGAUCCUGUACUCAGCUGGUUCGUAUCCCUGGAAACAUUCCCGUGGAUGCAGCAGCUGUGGAAGAAAGUGAUGGUGUGGAAGGCGACGAGGAGAUGAAUGUGGAGCACUCGAAGAAAGAGUUCCAGUCAUUUAUGGCGGUAGAGAGCUUGAAUGUUAGUGUUGCCGCUGGGGUUCUUCUUCACCACUUUAUCGGUAACCAGCCAAACGAGCAAUCAUCCAUAGGAGAUUCCUGA